AUGGUUAAAGUUUUUAUUAGUAAACUAGAUAAUAAUACGGCAUGGGGUUUUCGAUUACAAGGUGGAUUUGAGCAUGGUACGCCAUUGACACUUACGAAUAUUAUACCAAAUUCUCCUGGUGAUGGUAAAAUUGAUCCAGGCGAUGUAUUGUUAGAAAUUGCUGGCCAUAAUGCAACAUGUAUGACACAUAAGGAUGCACUUAAAUUGAUUCAACAUUGUGGUAAUGCUCUUUUCCUAACAAUAAAAAAAACUGAUCAUUCAUAUUCAUCAAAUUCAACACAACUACGGAGCUCUUCUGAAUAUAAUCAUGAUCGAUUACCAACACCUACUAGAAAUAUUCCACAAGCACCAAUAUUUAAUGCUGAUUUGAUUUAUAAUGCAACAGCUUCGUCAGAACUUCGAAAACCAAUUAAUAACACCCACGUAUCGCAUGAUCAAGCGACAAAUAUCUCUACUAUUCUUGCUAAAAUGCUUGAUCAUCCUGUUGGUCAGAAACCGUUUACAUACAUACCAAAAGGACUUGAUUUGUCAAAAAUGCGUGAUUCAUCUCAUAUCAAACGCCAAUAUAAAUCUAGAUCAACGAGUAAAGAUAUACAAGAUUUUGAUCAAAUUAUGAAUCGACGAAUGAUUGUUCCACCUGAACAAAUAAGUCAACAUCAUUAUGCAGGUAGUAAUCCCAUCCAACCGUUCAGGUAUACUCGUCAACAACCAGUACCACCAAAAAAACUUAUACAACAUGAUACUGAUGUAAUUACACAUACACGCUCAUUUCAAAUGCUUGAAGGAUGGAUUUCGGAUAGUGAAAAAACUACACCGACCGUUAUUUCAACAAAUCAAUCAGCAGUUGCUCAACCUGCUCUAGAUCAAAAAAGUUCGGUUGAUCGUCGCGCAAGUGCAGGCAGCGGUGCGUCAGCACACCCAUCACGUUCAUUUCGUUAUCUUCAAGAACAAUAUAAUGAUGAUGAUGUUGAUAAUAAUAGUCCAGUACCAAAAACUCAAGAAUCAAUAGAUAAAUCUGGUCUUCGACGAAGUAGUGAUAUGACUAAUACACCAUCUCGAUCAUUUAAAUAUCUACAAAAUCAAUAUGAUACAUCUAAACAAUUACCAAUCAAUCGAUCUGAAGAAGUCAAUAAUCGAGAUGAUCUUGCAGAAAUAUAUAAUAAACCACCGCCAAGUUUUCGUGCACGUGAACCUGAAGCUAAACGUUUUUCAGGUGCAACAAAUCCAUCACGUGCAUUUCGUUUUCUUCAAAUGAUGACACAAGAAGAUCAACAAACGAGUCCAACAUCUGUUCCUGGUUAUACAAAACCACAACAAUUAUUAGAAAAACAUAAUGAACAUCCAUCACAAUCAACUACAAAUCAAACAAAAAAUCGAAUUAACACAUUAUCGAAUGGAAUGAAUUCAUUGGAUAUAAAUGAAAGCGAUUAUUGA